UCUUCGUUGAAAUGAAGACACAUCUUUAUCCGUCUUUUAACUCACAAGAUAGAUUUUUCAUAGACAUGAUUUGUUUACAUGAAACACACACAUUCUCUCUUUCUCUUCAUUAUCAGCUUCCAGGUUUUUGAGAGAUGAAUUGAUUUUAUUAUUUCCAGAUUAUAGUUUGUUUGAUCAGAUACAAGGUCUGAUUUAAAUAAGAUGUUGGAAGAUCAAGUGGCGAAUUUGUUACAGAGGUAUCUGGGGAAUUAUGUGUUAGGUUUAAAUAAAGAAGCUCUCAAAAUCAGUGUUUGGCAAGGGGAUGUAGAGCUGUCAAAUAUGCAAUUGAAGCCAGAGGCUUUGAAUGCGUUAAAGCUUCCUGUCAAAGUUAAGGCAGGAUUCCUUGGAUCAGUGAAGCUUAAGGUUCCAUGGAGUAGGCUGGGCCAAGAACCAGUUUUAGUUUACCUGGAUCGGAUUUUGUUGUUAGUUGAACCCGCAACUAAUGUCGAAGGACAUACUGAGGAUGCUGUUCAAGAAGCUAAGAAGAGUAGAGUACGGGAUAUGGAAACAAAGCUUUUGGAGGCUCAGGAGCGAUUACAAUCUGAGUUGAAUACGUCUUGGCUGGGAUCCUUAAUCAACACAGUAAUUGGGAAUUUGAAGCUCUCCAUUACCAAUGUGCACAUUAGAUACGAGGAUCUGGAGAGCAAUCCUGGACAUCCAUUUGCAGCUGGUGUAACGCUAGCUAAACUUUCUGCUGUGACGGUCGAUGAUAAUGGUAGAGAAACUUUUGUCACUGGCGGUGCUCUUCAGCGCAUUCAAAAGUCAGUGGAACUCGACCGCCUGGCGGUUUAUAUGGACUCUGAUAUUUCUCCCUGGCAAGUUAAGAAAAAAUGGGUGGAUAUGUCUCCUUCUGAGUGGAGUCAGGUGUUUGAAGUUAGCAACAGUGAUCGGCAACCAACUAGUGAUCUAAAGAAGGAGCAUUCUUACAUUCUGCAACCAGUUACAGGGAAUGCGAAGUAUUCAAAACCGAGGAAAGAUGAACUUAGUAGAUCAGGCCACCAAGCUGAACAGAAAGCAGUAGUUUACUUGGAUGAUGUUACUCUUUGUUUGUCAAAGGAUGCUUACAGGGAUAUUUUGAAACUGGUUGAAAAUUUUACUUCCUUCGAUCAACGUCUGAGAAAUGCUCAUUAUCGCCCACAUGUAUCUGUAAAAUCUAAUCCCAGCUCGUGGUGGAAAUAUGCUUACAAAGCUGUCUCCGAACAGAUGAAGAAAGCAAGUGGAAAAUUAUCUUGGGAACAAGUUCUAAAAUUUGCAAGACUGCGUAAGAGAUAUGUAGCUCUUUAUGCUUCUUUGCUGAAAUCUGAUCAAAGUCGGACAGUAGUGGAUGAUAACAAAGAAAUCGAAGAACUCGAUCGUGAGCUGGACAUUGAACUCAUUCUCCAGUGGAGGAUGCUAGCUCACAAAUUUCUGGAACAGUCAGGUGAAUCAAAUCUCUCAUCGAAACAACAGAAAACAAGUAGUUCAUGGUGGUCAUUGGGAUGGUCUAGUUCAACCAUUAAGGAUGAAAGUGAGCCUUGGCAUUUUAGUGAUGAAGAUUGGGAACGACUUAACAAAAUCAUUGGAUACAAGGAUAAUAACGAUGGAAAAUUACUGACGACUCAAGCCAAAGAUAAUGUGUUGCACACAUCACUGGAAGUUCACAUGAGACACAAUGCUUCAAAGCUUGUUGCUGAACCUGAAAACUGUCUUGCCGAAUUAUCCUGUGAAAGCUUAGAUUGCUCUAUAAAUCUUUAUUCAGAGGCCAAGGUCUUUGAAGUGAAGUUGGGGUCAUACAAGUUGUCGUCUCCAACUGGGCUUCUCGCGGAGAGUGCAACCGUGAAGGAUUCUUUAGUUGGUGUGUUUUGCUUCAAACCUUCCGAUGCAGAAUUGGACUGGAGUCUUGUCGUUAAAGCUUCUCCAUGUUACAUGACUUAUUUGAAGGAUUCCAUCGACCAAAUUAUCAAUUUUUUUGAUAGCACUUCUGCUGUUAGUCAAACAAUAGCUAUGGAAACUGCAGCUGCUGUCCAGAUGACAAUUGACGAAGUCAAACGCACUGCUCAACAGCAAGUGACGAAGGCAUUGGAGGAUCGUACCAGGUUUUUCCUUGAUUUGGAUAUUGCGGCUCCUAAGAUUAUCAUUCCUACAAACUUCUUCCCGGAUGAAUCUCAUGCAACUAAACUUCUUCUGGAUUUAGGAAAUUUAAAACUUAGCACUCAGGAUGACGGUGAAUCUGAUUCACCUGACGAGAUGGAUAUGUACUUGCAGUUUAAUUUGGGUUUAAGUGAUGUAUCUGCUGUUUUGGUGGAUGGAGACUACCAUUGGAGUCAAACUCUAGUUGACUCAUCUGCUAGUUUUUCCCAAUCUAAUUAUACUAGCUUUUUGCCUGUCAUUGACAAAUGUGGGAUAGUGAUGAAGCUUCAGCAGAUUCGAUCAGAAAAUGUUUCCUAUCCAUCAACGAGACUUGCUGUGCGGCUGCCCUCUUUAAGGUUUCAUUUUUCUCCAGCUCGUUACCAUCGACUGAUGGAAAUUGUAAAGAUCUUUCAGAGUGAGGAUAGUGAGAACUCAGAUAAUCUUCGCCCAUGGAUUCAAGCUGAUUUUGAGGGAUGGUUAUCUGUUCUUGCGUGGAAGGGAGUUGGAAAUAGGGAAGCUGUAUGGCAACGCAGAUACUGCUGUCUUGUUGGUAGUUUUCUUUAUGUCCUGGAGAGCCCUCUAUCUAAAACAUACAAGCAGUUUAUUAGGUUACGUGGAAAGCAGAUAUAUGAGGAUCCACCUGAGUUUGCAGGCAAUGUCGAACAUGUUUUAGCUAUUUCCGAUGCUUCACAAUCCAAUUCCAAGGUUGUUGAACAUGCGAAUGCUCUAAUUUUGCGAUGUGAAUCUGAUGAGUCGAGCAAAAUCUGGCAUAGCCGAUUUCAAGGGGCAAUAUAUCGUGCUUCUGGUUCUGCUCCUAUCACUGCUAAUCUGUCUAAUACUUCUUCGGACUCUGAAGAUGCUGAAGUUAAUGGUGACGGCAAUGUCAUGGAUAUAUUGGAGAAGGAAAGUCUGUUCAUUACGGGUGUCCUAGAUGAACUGAAAAUCUGUUUCGAUUAUAAUAAGCAAAGUGACCAUGCUUUCAAGACUGUCCUUUUGGCUGAAGAGAGUCGUUUGUUUGAGUUCCGUGCAUUAGGCGGCCAGGUCGAAAUAUCACUUCGUGGAAAGGAUAUGUUCAUUGGCACUGUUUUGAAAACCCUAGAAAUUGAGGAUUUAGUUUCCUAUGAGGGGAUGACUCAUCCUCGCUACCUCGCAAGAUCUUUCAUCAAGAGAACAGAGGCCUUCAGUGCGGAUGCUUCCGAAGAGUUUUUUGAUGUCCCAAGAAGCUAUAGCAACAACGAACUAACUCAGUAUGAAGGAGAGGAAAGCUUUUUUGAGGCAUCUGAGAGUUUGGGCGAUGUCAUUGACAGCCCUGCUCAAAACCGUGGAAAUAAGAGUCCUAAACCUCUGCUUAAACCCCCCAGCUUUCGUCGUGUUUCUGGCUUGCUUCCUGAUUACGAGCGUCAGGAAGAAACAGCGGACUCUAUAACUGAAGCUUUGGAUAGUUUUGUGAAAGCUCAGAUAGUUAUCUAUGACUUAAACUCUACACUCUAUAAUAACAUUGACAAGCGGGUGGAGGUAACCCUGGCUACCUUGUCAUUUUUUUGUUAUAGACCAACAGUUCUUGCGAUUCUUGAUUUCGUGGCUGCUGUUAACAUUUCUGGUGAUAGUUCUGAUGCUUCUAAUGAGAAGUCUGCAGUUCUACCCCAGGAGAGUUCUAGGGAGGAUUUGGUUGAUGAUCAAAAUUUAUCUCCAGUCCAAGAGUCUGUCAUGAAAGGACUGCUCGGGAAAGGAAAAUCCAGAGUUAUCUUUUAUUUGACAUUGAAUAUGGCUCGUGCAGAAAUUCUAUUGAUGAAUGAAAAUGGAACUCGGCUUGCUACGUUAUCACAAAAUAAUUUGCUCACGGAUAUCAAGGUGUUCCCGUCUUCCUUCAGCAUAAAGGCUGCUUUAGGAAACCUGAAGAUUAGUGAUGAUAGUCUCCCCAGUAGCCAUUCAUAUUUUUGGGUGUGUGAUAUGAGAAAUCCUGGAGGCAGUUCAUUUGUCGAGCUUUUAUUCACCUCAUUCAGUGUUGUUGACGAAGAUUAUAGAGGCUACGAGUAUAGCCUUUUUGGGCAGCUAUCAGAAGUAAGGAUCGUUUACUUGAAUCGCUUUAUUCAGGAGAUUAUUGGUUACUUCAUGGGUCUUGUUCCUAACAAUUCAAAAGAUGUUGCGAAAGUGAAAGACCGAGUGACUAACUCGGAGAAGUGGUUCACUACAUCUGAGAUUGAAGGAUCACCUGCUUUUAAGUUGGAUCUUUCUCUUAGGAAGCCCAUUAUUGUGAUGCCUCAGAGAACGGACAGUCACGAUUAUUUGGAGCUUGAUGUGGUUCACAUAACUGUACAGAACACCUUCCAGUGGCUUCAUGGAGACAAAAAUGAAAUGGGAGCUGUCCAUUUGGAAAUUUUAACUGUUCAGGUGAAAGACAUCAAUUUGACUGUUGGUACUGAAGCGGGACUUGGUGAAAGUAUAAUUCAAGAUGUCAAGGGGGUUUCUGUUGCUAUUAGGAGGUCACUUCGUGACUUGUUGCAUCAAAUCCCAACCACAGAGGCUGCCGUUGAGAUAGAUGUGCUAAAAGCAGCUUUAUCCAACAGAGAGUACCAGAUAAUCACACAAUGUGCUUCGUCUAAUUUCUCGGAGACCCCACAUUCAAUUCCACCAUUGAAACGACAGCCAGAGACAUCUUCACACAAUAUAGUGGGACCUGUAGCUCCCCCCGUGUCAGAUGUUGAGUUUGAAGUGGGGAAUAGUGAAAAGUGGAUUACUAUGACUGUUUCAGUUGCCAUUAAUUUGGUGGAAUUGAGUUUGCAUUCAGGGGAAACACGAGAUGCUCCUCUUGCUUCUCUACAGAUAAGUGGUGCAUGGCUUUUCUAUAAAUCUGAUACUACUGGAGAAGGUUUUUUAUCAGCAACCCUGAAGGGUUUCACUGUCAUUGAUGACCGCGAGGGAAGCAAAGAGGAGUUUAGGCUAGCGAUUGGGAAACCAGAGAGUCUUCGAUAUGGUCCUCUUUUGUCUACAUCCUAUGACGAUGACAAGAAAAUUGCUGGUUUUGAUAAAAGUGUCCUAAACGACAACAAUGUAAAACCAGUUUUGACGAUGCUUAUUGUUGAUGCCAAAUUUAACCAGUCAUCUACUUCCAUCUCCCUGUGUAUCCAAAGACCCCAGUUACUUGUCGCACUUGAUUUCUUGCUGGCCGUUGUAGAGUUUUUUGUUCCAACAGUUACUAGUGCAUUGUCGAACAAAGAUGAUGACAAUCCACUUCAUAUUGCUGAUGCAAUCAUUCUUGAUCAGCCAAUUUAUUAUCAACCUUCUGCAGAAUUUUCACUAUUCCCCCAGAAACCUUUGAUUGCUGACGAUGAAAGAUUCGAUCAUUUUAUUUAUGAUGGUAAAGGUGGAAACUUGUACGUACAGGAUAGAUGGGGAGAAAAUCUCCACAGUCUUAGCGCUGAAGCUGUUAUUUAUGUGGGAAGUGGCAAGAAGUUGCAAUUUAGAAAUGUGUGCAUAAAGAAUGGGCAGUUUUUCGAUUCUUCUAUUUUGCUUGGAGCAAAUAGCAGCUACAGCGUUUCGGAAGAUGAUCAAGCCUUUUUGGACUUCGAGAAAGGGGAUGAAGGAUCUCUGAACGCUUCAGAGGAACAUAUUGACCAUGUACCGACUAAAAAUGCUGAGCCUGAUAGGCCCACUGAGUUUAUUAUCGAGUUGCAGGCUGUUGGUCCAGAACUUACAUUUUAUAACACAUCAAAAGAUGUCGAGGAAUCGUCUAAAAUGUCCAAUAAACUUUUGCAUGCACAACUGGAUGCAGUUUGCAGGGUUGUUAUGAAGGGAGACACUCUUGAAAUGACAGCGAAUGCACUUGGCUUAACGAUGGAGAGUAGCGGGGUCAGGAUUUUGGAGCCUUUUGACACCUCUAUAAAGUUUUCUAAUGCCUCUGGGAGAACAAACAUACAUGUAGCUGUUACAGAUAUAUUCAUGAACUUCUCCUUCAGCACUUUGAGGCUUUUUUUAGCAGUUGAGGAAGACAUUAUGGCGUUUAUGAGGAUGUCAUCAAAGAAAGUAACACUGGUCUGCUCGGAGUUUGACAAAGUCGGAAUGAUUCAAAAUCCCCACGAUGGCCAAACAUAUGCCUUCUGGAGACCACGUGCACCACCUGGUUUUGCAGUUUUAGGAGAUUACCUGACACCAUUGGACAAGCCACCUACAAAAGGAGUUCUUGCGGUAAAUGCUAACUUAGUAAGAGUGAAAAGACCUGUAUCUUUCAAGCUAAUUUGGCCGUCUCCGGAUGCUGGAGCACUAUCAUAUUCUCAAGGUGCCAGAAACCACAUUGGAAGUUCUGAGAUAGUACCAAAUAUUGAUGAUAGAAGGGAAGACGACAGCUGUUCCAUUUGGAUACCUGUUGCACCGCCAGGUUAUGUCUCAAUGGGGUGUGUGGUUUCAUCAGGAAGAUUAGAGCCACCAUCAUCUUCUGCUUUGUGCAUCCUGGCUUCAUUAGUGUCUCCUUGUGCUUUCCGGGAUUGUAUUUCUAUCAGCUUUUCCGAACAAUAUCCGUCAAAGCUAGCAUUCUGGCGUGUUGAUAACUCUGUUGGAACUUUCUUGCCAGCAGAUGUUGUUAAUAUGAAUGCAAUAGGGAGGGCAUAUGAGCUGCGUCAUGUAAUUUUUAGUUACUUGGAAGAUUCUUCACAAGCAUCGAUGGGUUCAAGCAUCCAAGAAAUCCCUCUGGAUAGGGAUCAAAUUGUACAGUCAGAAAGCUCAGCAAUCUCAAGUUCUGGGAGAAGGUUUGAAGCUAUUGCUAGUUUUAAAUUAAUUUGGUGGAAUCAGGGCUCAAGCUCCAGGAAGAAACUAUCCAUAUGGCGUCCGCUAGUCCCUCCAGGGAUGAUUUUUCUUGGAGAUAUCGCUGUUCAGGGGUAUGAGCCUCCUAAUACAUGUGUUGUUCUUCACGAUACUGGUGAUGAAGCUCUUUUCAGAAACCCUCUAGAUUUUCAGGCGGUUGGACAAAUUAAGAAACAAAGAGGAGCCGAAAGUAUAUCUUUCUGGUUGCCUCUAGCUCCCCCAGGAUAUGUUUCGUUGGGAUGUGUUGCAUGUAAGGGCACACCAAAGCAGGAUGAUUUGAGCUUGUUCAGAUGCAUACGUAGCGAUAUGGUGACAGGGGGUCAGUUUCUUGAAGAAAAUAUAUGGGAUUCAUCAGAUACCAAGGUCACGACAGGGCCAUUUAGUAUUUGGACAGUUGGUGAUGAGCUGGGUACAUUUCUUGCUCGCAGUGGUUUCAGAAAGCCUCCCAAAAGAUUUGCUCUACGACUUGCAGAUGCAACUGUCACAAGUGGUUCAGAUGAUACUGUAAUCGAUGCUGAAAUGAGAACUUUCUCCCUAGCAGUUUUUGAUGAUUAUGGAGGAUUGAUGGUUCCCUUGUUCAACAUCUCUCUGAGUGGUGUUGGAUUUAGUUUACAUGGAAGAUCUGAAAACUUAAAUACAACCAUGAGCUUCUCCCUGGAAGCCAGAUCAUAUAACGACAAAUACGAUUCAUGGGAGCCUCUUAUUGAGCCAGUGGAUGGAUUCUUGAGGUAUCAGUAUGAUCUGAACUCACCAGGUGCUGCUUCCCAAUUGCGUCUAACCUUCACGAGGGAUUUGAAUUUAAAUUUCUCGGUGUCUAACUGUAACAUGAUUUUGCAAGCAUAUGCAAGUUGGAAUAAUCUUAGCCAUGUUCAUGAAUCCUAUAAAAAGAGGGGCUCAGUUCUAAAUUCAUUUGAUGGAAAAUCAAUUAUUGGCUUUCAUCAUAGGCCACACUAUCAUAUUGUCCCACAAAACAAACUUGGCCAGGACAUAUUUAUACGUGCCACUGAGAAAAGGGGACUCCAAAAUAUUAUUAAGAUGCCAUCUGGUGAUGUGAAGCCUGUAAAGGUUCCCGUAUCCAAAAAUAUGUUGGAUUCGCACUUGAAGGGCAAGCUUGGUCAGAGGUUCAGAACGAUGGUGACUGUCAUCAUUGUGGAUGGACAGUUCCCUACCGUUGAAGCGUUAUCUGCUCACCAGUAUACAGUUGCUAUUCGACUUGUUCCAAACGAGUACCUUCCUAGUGAUUCACUUCUGAAGGAACAAAGUGCACGCACAAGUGGCACCAUCUCGGAUCGCUCCUUGCCUUCUGGAUUUGAGUUGGUGAAGUGGAAUGAAACAUUUUUCUUCAAGGUCGAUUCCCCGGAUUUUUACAUGAUGGAACUGAUGGUGACGGACAUGGGUCAAGGAGAACCUGUUGGAUUCUAUUCAGCUCCUCUGAAGCAGAUAGGGAGCAUUUUUAGUGAAAGUUCAAGAUCAUAUGGUUCUAGUAAUGAACUGAAUUGGAUGGAAUUAUCCUCUGCAAGACCGAUGAGCAUGCCACGGGAAGAUGAACAUAAUCAAUCACAUGGGAGAUUGAGAUGCGCCAUACUCCUUUUGCCGAUGUCUGAAGAAAAUGUUUCUGAGACCUCAAGUGAUGACAAGAGACGUGGACUUCUUCAGAUAAGUCCUGCCCGGGAAGGACCUUGGACGACUGUGAAGCUAAACUAUGCUGCACCUGCAGCUUGUUGGCGUCUGGGCAAUGAUGUUGUUGCCAGUGAAGUAAGUGUGAAAGAUGGGAACAGGUUUGUAAAUAUACGGUCUUUAGUUUCAGUGACCAACAAUUCAGAAUUUAUUCUUGAUGUGUGCCUCACCAUCAAAGGUUCUUAUGGGAACAUGAAGUCUGUUGAUGACCACAAGCAAGGAGUGAAAGACAUUGUUCGCGAAAGAUUUGAUACAGAUGACUUCUUUGAAACUCAAAAAUACAACCCAGACAUCGGUUGGUUUGGUUGUCUGACCAAAUCACUGCAUUCGGACUCUGAUGAUGAAGACUCCCAUCAGGAGAUUUCAGAAGUUGACUUGCCCUCAGGUUGGGAAUGGACUGAUGAUUGGCAUAUUGAUAAUGCUUCGGUAAAUACCGCUGAAGGCUGGGUUUAUGCCCCUGAUCUCGAACGUCUAAAAUGGCCCGAGUCAUAUAAUCAGUUGAAGUUUGUGAAUUAUGCACGGCAAAGGAGAUGGGUCAGGAACAGGAAAAGGGUACUAGGUGGUGUUAAACAGCGAAUACCAGUUGGGUUGUUGAAUCCUGGAGAUACAGUACCGCUCCCUCUUUUGGGCCUGACACAUCCUGGAGUGACAUACGUCUUGCAGUUAAGGCCGUGGAGUGCUAAUGAGCACAACAAUUACACUUGGAGUUCACUUGUGGGUAUGCCUCGUGAUCAACCAGAGAAUAAAGAAAUGUCUGAAAUAGUUGUUUCUAGUUUGUCCGAGUCUGAGGAACUUCUGUAUUGCACUUCUAGCCAAACAUGUGAAAGCUCUUCAAGUAGGGAAAACAGCCCGGGUUUGUGGUUUUGUUUGAGUAUAAAAGCUACCGAGAUUGGAAAAGAUAAUCAUUCAGAUCCUAUUCAGGAUUGGAAUCUUGUUAUCAAAGCGCCAUUAUCUGUAGUUAACUUUCUUCCCUUGGCAGCAGAGUUCUCUGUUCUUGAGAUGCAGGAAAAUGGUAAGUUUUUUGGUUGCUCUCGAGGAAUACUAUCUGCAGGUGAAACCAUUGGGAUCUAUAAAGCUGACCUGAGAAAGCCACUCUACUUAUCGCUCCUUCCACAGGGAGGGUGGUCACCGGUACAUGAUGCUGUUAUGGUAUCGCAUCCUAGCGGAGUUCCAUCUAAAACUAUAGGUUUGAAGAGUUCAUUCACUGGAAGGAUAGUUCAAGUCAUACUUGAACAAAAUCAUGACCAAGAACAGCUGAUGGUGGCAAAGAUUAUUAGAAUCUAUGCUCCUUUUUGGAUUGCAAGUGCUAGAUGUCCGCCACUUACGUAUCAGCUUGUGGCUACAGCUGGAAAGAAAAAACGAAAAUUUUCCCUGAUGCCCAAUUCAAAGCAGAGCACUGAAACGGUUGUUGAAGAAAUAACUGAAGCGGAAAUAUUUGAAGGUUAUACCAUUGACUCUACAUUAAACUUCAAGUCUAUGGGCCUUUCAGUUUCUAUCAGUCAAUCUGGCAAGAAACACUUUGGACCUGUUACAGAUCUUUCUUCUCUUGGUGAUAUGGAUGGUACCGUUGGUCUUUAUGCAUAUGAUGAGGAAGGCAAUUGCAUCCAUCUUUUCAUUUCCUCAAAGCCAUGUCCUUAUCAAUCUGUGCCUACCAAGGUGAUCUCUGUUCGACCUUUCAUGACAUUCACAAACAGAAUUGGUCAAGACAUUUUUGUUAAGUUAAGCAGUGAAGAUGAUUCCAAGGUUCUUCGAGCUUCUGAUUCGAGAGUUUCUUUUGUGUAUCGCAAAACAGAAGGACCAGAUAGGCUCCAGGUUCGGUUAGAAAAUACAGAAUGGAGUUUUCCUGUUGAAAUUACAAAAGAGGACACCAUCUUUCUUGUUCUGAGGACAUCUACUGGUAGUAGGAGAUUUCUCAAGGCAGAAAUCCGAGGCUAUGAGGAAGGAUCACGUUUUGUAGUUGUAUUUCGUCUGGGAUCCACAUAUGGGCCCAUCAGAGUUGAAAACAGAACAAUUGACAAGAUCAUCAGAAUCCGUCAGUGUGGUUUGAGCGAUAAUUCCUGGAUCCAGCUAAGUGCUCUUUCAACUACAAAUUUCUGUUGGGAAGAUCCAUAUGGGGAAAGGCUUAUUGAUGUUGAAAUCCAAAGUGAAGAUUCUAUUGUUGUUCAGAAAUUAAGCCUUGAUAGGGCAGGCGAAGUUUCUUCUGAUGUGGGAACACCAGAAGUACAGUUUCAUGUUGUGGACAUGGGACACAUCAUGAUUGCUAGGUUUACUGAUCAUAGGACAUCGGAAUCAGUUUCACAAGAAGAGAGUACAGCCCUGGCAACCACUGGAAACUGGGGCACUUCAGAAAUGAAGCACAAGCAUAAUACUUCUGCACCUAUGGAGAUUAUGAUAGAGUUGGGGGUCGUAGGGGUCUCUAUAAUUGACCAUAGACCAAGGGAGCUCUCGUACCUGUACUUGGAGGGAGUCUUUAUUUCAUACUCAACUGGUUAUGACGGGGGAAACACAAGCAGGUUGAAGCUCAUAUUGGGACACAUGCAAAUAGAUAACCAGCUGCCACUCACUCUGAUACCUGUUCUCUUGGGACCUGAACACACCGCCGAUGCACAUCAUCCAGUUUUCAAAACGACGAUUACUAUGAGGAAUGAUAAUAAUGAUGGCACCUUGGUUUACCCAUAUGUUUAUAUAAGGGUAACUGAAAAGACUUGGAGGCUUAGCAUCCAUGAACCAAUUAUUUGGGCAUUUGUGGAUUUCUACAAUAACCUUCAGAUGGAUAGGAUUCCCAAAAGCUCUAGUGUUACACAAGUUGAUCCAGAGAUACGUGUCGACCUUAUAGACGUCUCUGAAGUAAGAUUAAAGAUUAAGUUGGAGACAGCGCCAGCUCAAAGACCCCAUGGGGUCCUAGGUGUUUGGAGCCCCAUACUAUCUGCUGUUGGAAAUGCAUUCAAGAUUCAGGUUCAUUUAAGAAAGGUCAUGCACCGGAAUAGGUUCAUGAGGCAAAGCUCUGUUGUUCCAGCCAUUGUCAACCGUAUAUGGCGGGAUCUGAUCCAUAAUCCUUUACAUUUGAUAUUCUCAGUAGAUGUUCUUGGUAUGACAAGCUCAACAUUGGCUUCUUUAAGUAAAGGCUUUGCUGAGCUGUCAACAGAUGGGCAGUUUCUGCAAUUACGUAUGAAGCAGGUAUGGUCUAGAAGAAUAACUGGGGUUGGUGACGGUAUUCUUCAAGGAACUGAAGCCCUUGCUCAAGGGUUUGCUUUCGGCGUGUCUGGGGUUGUAACAAAGCCUGUUGAGAAUGCAAGGCAAAAUGGUCUUCUCGGUUUUGCUCAUGGGCUGGGACAAGCUUUCCUAGGGUUCAUUGUUCAACCAGUUAGUGGGGCAUUGGAUUUUUUCUCACUAACAGUAGACGGAAUUGGUGCAAGUUGUACUAGGUGCUUAGAAGUCUUUAAUAACAAGACCGCCUUCCAAAGAAUCAGAAACCCUCGUACAAUCCACGCUGAUGGCGUCCUCAGGGAGUACUCUGAGAGGGAAGCAACUGGUCAGAUGAUUCUAUACCUCGCAGAAGCAAGUCGGCACUUCGGUUGUACAGAGAUUUUCAAGGAGCCAUCGAAGUACGCCUGGAGUGACUAUUACGAAGAGCAUUUCAUCGUGCCUUAUCAACGAAUUGUUUUGGUAACGAACAAGCGUGUCAUGCUACUACAGUGUAUGGCUCCAGAUAAGAUGGAUAAAAAGCCCUCCAAGAUUAUGUGGGACGUCCCAUGGGGAGACCUAAUGUCAUUGGAGCUUGCGAAGGCAGGCUACUCCAAACCCUCUCACUUGAUUCUCCAUCUUAAGAAUUUCAAGAGGUCAGAAAAAUUUGUUAGGCUCAUCAAGUGCAGCGUUGAAGAAACAGAUGAGGAAGAACCUCAAGCUGCUCGAAUCUGUUCGGUCAUACGUAAAGUGUGGAAAAGAUACCAGGCAGACAUGAGAUGUGUUACUUUAAAGGUUCCUUCAAGUCAGAGACAUGUCUAUUUCUCUUGGGAGGAAGCAGAUGGGAGAGACUCUCAGAACCAGAUGAAACCCAUAAUUAAGCCAAGAGAAUACUUCACAGGCGCUACUGGUGGUAACUCUGGUGAUAAGAGAUUCAUAAAGCAUACUAUUAAUUUUCAAAAAAUUUGGAGCAGCGAACCGGAGUCAAAAGGUCGAUCCGCACUGAGCCGAAAGCAGGUGUUGGAGACUGGUGGAGUUUGUAGCAUCUGGCGACCAACUUGUCCUGAUGGGUAUGUCUCCGUUGGGGAUGUAGCUCAUGUUGGUAGCCAUCCUCCGAAUGUCUCUGCUACCUACCAUAAUGUUGAUGAGCAAUUUGCGCUUCCAGUAGGAUAUGACCUGGUAUGGAGGAAUUGUAUAGAUGAUUAUGCAACUCCAGUAACAAUUUGGUUUCCGAGGGCACCUGAUGGAUAUGUCUCACUUGGUUGUGUUGCUGUUGCUGGUUUCAUGGAGCCUCAGAACGAUACAGCUUACUGUGUUAAAGCAAAUCUUGCGGAAGAGACACUGUUCGAGGAACAAAAGGUUUGGACUGCUAAGGAAUCAUACCCUUGGGCCUGCCAUAUUUAUCAAGUCCAGAGUGAUGCUUUGAACUUCGUCGCACUACGUCAACCGAAGGAAGAAUCUGAAUGGAAACCAAUGAGAGUUAUUGAUGUUCAUCAACCGUUACAAACAUCAGAACUGCAUUGAAGAUGAUUAGUGCACCUAUUGAUUGCACUCUCCAACUAUAGUGGGUAACCAUCUUAUUCAACAUUCGAUCCUUUUUGUGACCCGUCACUGUAUCUUUUUGUACAAUGCCAAGGACUGAGAAUAGAAAAGUGAAAUAUAUUUGUCAACUUGGAAAGAAAAAUAGAUUGUAAAUGUGGGAUUGUGAGUGUACAGCCUGUGUGAAUGAAAUUUGAAAAUGAGAUUUUGAGAUCUUUCUUAUGGAGUAAUCUCCUGUUGCUAUGUGCUGGGAGUUGAGUGGUUAAAAUUAUAAGCGAGGGUUUUACAUUUUAGAAUCACAUGUAGAAUCCACUAGCACCUUCCAUCAGAAAGCUUAUUUAUUUUUGUGGAAUUGUACAAUGAAAACCUCGAGAAAACUAUUGCUGA